AUGCUUUCUGGCAUCAAAGUACUAGAACUGGCGGGCUUAGGGCCAGUAACAAUGUGUGGUCUUUUGCUUAAGGAUUAUGGUGCAUCCGUGAGUCGAAUCCUCAACCCCAAUGCCCCAUUUGUGGAUCACCUUCUUUCUCCUGGAAAGCCGGUCGUUGCAUUAGAUCUCAAGAACUCGUCAGACAGACGAACCCUUCUUGAUCUCUGCAAGAGUGCUGAUGUGCUUCUAGAUCCCUAUCGUCCCAUGUGCCUUGAUCGCCUCGGAUUUCCUCCAGAGGUUCUUCAUAAAGCUAACAAACGACUUAUUUUGACGCGUAUUUCAGGCUACGGACAGCCUCAAGAAAAUGAAGAAAUCGACUACUACCUUCGGCCGGGCCACGAUAUCAACUACCUGGCCGAGUCUGGUUUACUGUGGCUUUUUACAGGAGAAACUUCCGGUCGGCCUGUCCCCCCUGCUAAUAUUAUUGCUGACAUCGCGGGCGGUGCAUUUCCGGCUGCAAUCGGUAUUUUGUUAGCGCUCUACGAAAGAGAAAAGACUGGUGUUGGUAAGAUUGUCGAUGUUGGUAUUGCCGAUGGCGUUUCGUACAUGUCAACUUACUUUCUCGCCUCGUGCCAAGUUAGUGAUCAGAAAGCCUCUAAUACGCCCUUCUCCUUAAUGCACUGGUCUACUCUUGCGCACCAGUGUUCAAGUUUUGUGGAUGGUGGAGCUCCGUUCUAUCGCACAUACGAAACCAAAGAUAAGAAAUACGUCGCUGUUGGUGCCCUGGAACCGCAGUUUUAUGCCAACCUCCUAAAGGCCCUGGGCCUGACGGAGAGGUACGCGCCGCAGCUGGACCGGGCGGCGUGGCCACGCAUCGCAGCCAUCCUCGCGGGCAUCUUCGCGAGCGAGACGCGUCACUACUGGUGCCAGGAGACGGAUCUGGUGCGUUGCGCCUGCCUCUCGCCCGUCUACUCGCCUGCCGAGGCGAUCGAGCGACGCCCCAGGCACCUCUACCGCCACCUCAACUUCUCGCUCUCGCCUCUGGUUGGCGCGACUCGUGACGAGGGUGCCUUCACCAUCCGCAUCCCCCGGCCCUGCCCCCUCCUCUCCAACUUCCCCACCGAUUGA